AUGUUGCGUUUUAUACCAAUAUUAGCCUUGGCGAUAUCGCUAACGGAACAAGUAAAAUUUCCUUUUUUCUUUCUUUUUCAUCGAUUUAUGUUUUCAGGUAGUCACCCCAGAGCUGGUGCCAGAGAGGAAUUAUCGUUUCCCAGUUGAUGAUAUUACCGUUGAAUCGAUCAUUAAGGAGUCCGGCAGUUUGAGUAAAGAAGAGGCGGAGAAGCGAAAUUUCAAAAAUCCCGUUUUAGCUUAUGUCGCUCCUGUAAGUAUUCUAAAAUUUUAAAAACUUUCUCCACACUUUUCAAAGAAAAAGAUAUUGUUCGAAAUCUUUAAUUUUUUUCGAGAAAAAAAUCGUUUUGACUGAAAAAGCCUGAAAAUGCUAGAAAAAGUCUUUUUUUAAAUUGAUUUAUCAAGAAGGAUAAAAAUUAUAGUGGAAUACUUAUGGCUACGAUCUGGCAAAGAAAACGGCAAAGAAGUUAACGCACGUUUCUCCCAUAUGGUUCAAGGUUGAUUUGUACUUCUAAAAUACAAGAGAACGUAAUGAUUUUUCUAGGCAAGACCAUACCGUCAAAACGGAGCGCUCCAAUGUAAAGUCGAAGGUAGCCCCGAUAUUGACCGGAGUGGGUUCCUCUCAGUUAUAAAAGUGAUUAUGAAAGUUUCAGGUUUCAUGGAAGCCUUGAAGGCCGAGAAUUGGCAAAUUUCCAUCGUUCCCCUGAUUUCUUUCGAAAAAUGGGGCGUCGAAGCUCCACGGUUCUUGCGCGACACCGCCGCUCAAACACGAUGUGCUCAUCAAAUCGUCGAUUUUUUGACUGUAUUGAUUAUUUUUCGCUUUUUUUUUGACAUAGACUAUUAUUUAACCGUGCACUCGAGAUUCUAGUGAAAAUUGGCCAUAAUAAUUAAUGAUGUGCCGAAAAAUCUUAAGAUGCUCAUUCUGAGGAACAUCCUAGCUUCCCAGUGAAUAUCGCGGAAAUUCAAAAAAAAAACCAGCUGAAUGAUCCAUUCGGUUUAAAAAAAAAAAGAAAGUUCUGCAAGUUGAGACUACAUUUGAACAGAAAAGAGCGACUUGAGCAAUUUUGAAAAAAAAAAAAGUGAGAUUACUUUCCUUGUGAAUCCUCGGAGUAUAUUAGAGUUCUGAAGCAGUAAUAAUUUUCUGAAAAAAGUUCAUACCAUGAGAAUUUUUCUUUGAAGUGUAGAGAACUGAAAGUUUCUGAACAGUAGAUUUUUAAAAAAGUUUCUGGGGCUAGGAAAAUUUACUUAAUGUGAGCAAAAACUUGAAUAGACACCAAAAAAAAACUGUUCAAACGAAAACCUCGACAUUAUUUUCCGCAAUGAUUUCAUUUUCAGACCCUGGAAAAUUUUUGAAAUGCGAACAGAAAGGAUUCAAUCACUCAGGCACUGGUGCGCGCACGCGCGGGGGUACUGAUUCUUUUUUCGUCUUUUCCCUUGAAAUACAGUUUUGAAAUAUAUUUUUUAUAUUUUCGUAACACUAUCCAGGGCUCCUGCUCACGUUUUAAAGUUGUUCCGAGAACUUUCAAACAAAUUUAUGAAAAAAAAAUUUGCAAGUGAAAUUUUGGUAUUUCAAACUUUUGCGCAUUCUAAUUGAUAUAAACUGGAGCAGAGCAAUGCUAAGAGAUGAACAGAAAUGAAAAAUAUUUGAUUUAUACCUUUUUAAUCACUUAAAAAGCUAAAAAAAUUAAAGAGACACCCCGCGCAUGCGCAAUUUUGGCAACAAACGCGCGCCGCGCCGUCAAUGCCUGAGCAUUUACAAAUCUGUAUAUUUUAACUUGUCUCAAUAGUCUUUAAUAUUUUCACCUUUUUUCAGAGAAAUGAGUUCGAUGGAGCCGUCCUUAAUAUGUUCACUACCUUCUCUUUUGUUACCAGAGCCGCAUCACCGGGAUACAAGAAGUUCUCACAACUUUGAGAUUGAAGUUUCUAAGAAAAAAAAAAUCUCAGAAUGAUCUACGAGGCGAUGGAAGAGUUUGCACAACAGUUCACGGAUAAGUCGCUCGAGGUGAUUUUCAGUAUGGUGCCGUCAAUCAAUUCCAUAUUGUAUGUUAAAAAAACAUUUUUUAAUUUUUUUCUCUGGUACGUUCUUCAGCUAUGAGAACGAUGCGUUUUCUGGAACGGACUUCCAACGACUCACAGACAUGUCGACAUUCUUAGAGGUUCAGGUUGCCCUUGGACGCUAUUCAUCUCUCUUUCCAGAUUGAUUUGUUCGGUAUUCCGCUUGAUGAUGAACUGUUGGAAGUGUCUCCGUACGACUGGGUUGAAUAACUGACUGAAUCAAUGGAAUAAGAAAGAUCUUUCAGCUCUACAAGGGCUUGAAGCACGCAGAAAAUGGAGGGGCCAACAUGUCGAGGGUUCUCAUGGGAACCCACUUUUUUGGAUACCAAAACACAGACCCGAUGAACUUUCCUUCGCCAGAUUCUUCUUUGGGAGAAGUUGCCAACAAAGAGUUAGUUCAUCCUUACUUUCCUAUCAGGACAGAAAAAAAAAAUCAAGUUUUUAUGGCCUAGAAACGGGAUAUUUUGAGAACGAAAUUUUAAUAGAGCUUCACUUUCUAUUUUUGGUCUCUCCAGAAAUUCAAUUUUUUUGACAAGAAAGCUUGAAGAUCAUAGUUUUUUUCUGAUCAACUUCUUGUAAAAAUCACAAUAAUUCAAAAACACGAGGCUUAAUCCCAAAAAUCAAUUCGUGAAAAAUUUCUCAAGUUUGUGACUCUUCCAUGUAUUUUUCAAUGGAAAAUUUCUUAUUAUAUCAAUAUUUAUUUUUAUCAUAAUGCAAGACUAUUAAUUGAUAGCAAUUGUCAUGUUCUUUUUUAACUUUUGAGCCUAGAUAUGGCUUUACAGAUUUUUUUUUAUGUUUUAUCAUAAACUGAGUUCAGGCGCCGUCUUCUAGUUAGGCGAGAUCUUCUUUCAAAAAUUAAAUGAUCAAUUUGUAGGUCACCUUAUUCACCUGUCCGUGAAUUAAGAUACCAUUAAGAUCAAAAUUAGUUUCAAAAACAUAUUUAUUGAUUUUUUAAAUUUAGAUAAUUCCUUAUGAAAAAACGGAUUGAAUUUUUUAAGGCUCAUGGAAAAGCUGAAAUCUGGGAAAGUCGAUAUAAAGUGGGACGCCGACAUUUGGGAGCACGCGUUCGUUCACAAGUUUAAAAAGCAUCAGUUGAUGAUUAUCUCGAUUUUUGUUUCAGAGAAACCGUCAUUUACUAUCCCACGCUUUCGUCGCUUGAGCGAAAGUUUAAGCUGGCCGAACACUUCCACGUCGGCGUCGCUAUUUGGGAGUACGGCCAAGGGUUGGACUAUUUUGCUCGCGUUUUCUGA